CGUCAGUUGAAAUACCGCGCAGCGGUUGGCGCGAGAGGCCAAUACAACUCCACUCGCUUAUUCCACACCUUCAGGCCACUUGCACCUGUUACUUAUGUUGGACGCGGCAUCGGCCAAUGUCAUGACGACAGUAGGAGCACUUUCGCUCGAACCUUGAUCUACCGCAGCGGGCCCCUGCAUCUACAAGCAGACGCAAACGCCACUCUGCAUACAACUAAACACAACAUAUACUUAACAGCGCAGUGUAGCUCAGGAGAGUCUCUUCUUCCAUGGCUAUCGUUCUCGCGCGUUCCGGGUUGCAGCCCUCGCUCUCCAAAAGCGCCAGCAAACCUACCGCUCAGCGUUCCAUCCAAGCGCCAUCCUUCUACUCAACCUCUCGCCGUCUGCCCCGACCGCUUGCUGGCCUACGGGAAGAGCGCGCAUCGUCCGUUGCCGGAACGACGGGACUCGAUGUCAACCGCUCCUCGGGCGCUUCGCUAGGCUCCUCUGCCUUGACCGGCGCCGCGCUGCUGGAGGCUCUGAGGUCCCGAGGCACGGCGCCCGAGACUCGCAACGUGUACGGCAAGCCACUCAGCAAGUCGGAGCUCUCCGCCCUGGAUGCCGCCCUGUCGCACCUGUCCCGCGACCCCGCUGCGGCUGCGGCCCUGGCUAGCGGCCCCACAGCCCUGACGACACACCUGCGGGGACUGCUGCUGGAAGCGGGUGUCCACAAGCGCAUUCCCCUGCCCCUAGUGGAGGGCGCCAUGGUGCUCGUGGAGCUCAUGGAGGCGGGCGGGACAGGGGCGGCAGCGGGCGGGGCGGCGGAUGCAGCUGCUGCUGCCGCCGCCGGCUCCACCACCACGGGCCCUGCUGGGCUGGCCGCCGCCGCCGCUGCUGCCACUGCCACUGCCACUGCAGCAGCCAGCGGCCCGGGACUGCUGCCUCAGUACCGUUGGCAGUUGGUGGUUGGCGCCGACGUGGGGGCGGUGCAGUACAUCCCAGCAGUGGAGGAGCUGCAGGUUGCUCCCGACGGGACCUCCUUCACGCUGGGCACCGACCUGGACUUCCUGUUCACGGGGUUCAGGGGCUCCUGCCAGUGGCUGGCACCCGGCCACCUGCAGUACAACGUACGAGAGGUGCGACUGGAGCUGCGCUGGCCCAAGGCCUGGCGCCGCGCCGCCGCCUGGCUGCGCUGGCGAGCCACCCCGCGGGCCGAGCGCUGGGCGGCGGCGCACGGUCGCGAGCCCGACUGGGGCGACUCGCUGCCAUGGUCGCAGACCUGCCGGGAGGACCCGGAGGCGCCGGGGGCGCUGCUGCCGCUUCCGUUCUUCCCCACGAAUGAGCUGCUGGCUUUCAGCUGUGACGGCAAGGUGGCAGUCACACGCAGCCGGCUGACGGGUGGCCUCAUCCUGCUGCUGGAAGUAGGAACCAGGGAGCGGCUGCGAGGCUCCGGAGGCAGCAGCAACAGCGGGGGAGCAGCUGAGUGAGGGGCCACGCGGAGUGGGUGGGGACAUGCUGCAGCGCUCGGGACAUAUGCCGCUAAGAGGCAGCUGCGCACUUCCAGCAUGCCAUUAAGAUACAAAGGAGGGAGCGAGGUUUAGUAUUAUUUAUCUUUGAUUCGGCCGUGGGACUCGCAGCUUACCGAAGGCGAAGGGGAGGAAGGGGGCGCAGGGAGGUUAUGGGCACGCUACAGUUAGGUAUGGCCGGUCGUUUGGACGUGAUUGCAAAAGGUGGGGCCAAUCAUUGCUUAAAUGGCAUAGUGGCCUCGUUUACCGGUACGCACUUUCAUGGGUCUGAUGCAGUAGUUGUUUAUGGGUUGUCCGGAAAAGAGCUUAAGGAAUGGGCCGCGCUACGGGAAUUCACGUUCAUUUCGUCAAGCAAUGCAAAGGCCUUUGUGUUUUGGGAAGACGGAUCGCAAUUGAGCGGCCAACGGAACCUCCUACCCUGCCAACCGGCGGCAGGCGCUGAGCUUUGCCACAAACGGCAUAUCUAGAAACCUGUAAGGUCGGAUAACGCA